UAUUUCUCAAAUUUUUUUUUUCGCAACGCUGUCCUGUUCGCUAACCACCAUCUUCUAGCUAAUCAAUCCACUGCAGCCGUUCGAGCGCUCUGGAUGUCGGCGGUCAACUCUUAAAUGGCUGCAUUAUACCUUCAUAAUGCAAUUUUCUCCCCCGAGCCAGCAGAGUUGCCACCUUCACAUUCACGGACAAUUUCGACGGCGACGCUGAGGACCAUCGCUUCGGAAAACUCUCAUCCGACGGAACCGCUACUGGACCCUUUGUACUCUGGUUCAGCGUAUCUCGACCUCCUGGAGCGACAGCCAGCUCAUCCCACUGGUCCGAGCCCGGGGUGGGAUAUGGGAUUAACCCUUGACUAUACACCAACAUUGAGGGAACGCAAGGGGUAUUGGGAAAAGGCUGUUCGCCGGCGUUUAAAGGUCCUGAAGCUAACCGUGUUAAUCUUUGAAAUGAUCAUGGGUGCCUGGGCCAUAUACAGCGCCAUCCGGUAUUUUCUGGCAUUUGCGUUUUACCAGUCUAUCACCGGUCAAGACGUUUCUCUUGCCCUAGGGACCAGUACAGCUGUCUCCGCGACCUUUUUGUUAUGUCGUUUCAUCGUAUCUUUUUGCCAGACACAGUUGAUUCGCGCUCACGUCGAUCUACAUUCAAUUCUCCUCACACGAACUAUAUUUCGCUUCCUCGCAUCUAUAUUCCUGUUGGGACCUGCGAUCGUCGCGUUUGCAUUAACAUUCGUUUGGCAAAAUGUCCCCGAAGAACCUGAGCUAAGCUUGUCACAGCGAUGUGGGCUCGACCUUGAUGUUGUUUGGGCCGUGUCAGCGUCAAGCUCAACGUGUCAGGGCAGAACACACGAUUGGGCGUCCUGGCUUGGCUUGUCUAUCCUUCGCAUCUUCAUUACUUUGGCUAUCAUUAUUCCUUACAACUUGUCUUCUUCUGCCUACCAGGUUACUCGCCGGCCCUCCCAAAGAGCCCGCAAACGCAGGCGCCGCCGCCACCACCUCGCUAACCCCGAAUCAGUCGAUCAAUCCAUGUCUUCCUCUCCCCUUAUGGCUGCUUCCUUUCAUACCGCGCCCACCACUCGGUCUUCUAAUCCACAUUUAUGCUCCACCUCUACUAUCACAUCCUCGCCGCGAAUGCAGAAAUCUUUGCGAAGCUCACGCAAUACAUCGAUAAGAAGCGUUCCUGUCUCCGAUUCCCCUUCAUCGGAGGAAGACUCAUCCUCCACGGAAACCCACAAUGCCCAUCAUAGACCUAUUCCUAGCGGCGAAAAAUCUCGUGCAUCUAGUUCAAGCGCCACCCCAAAAACCCCGACACCUCCCCUUCCAACGGUUUCUGACAAUGACCGUGAUCUCUACCACUUUGUCGAUCGAUUCCAUUCACUCGUAUCCCAAAUCAGCCGAGAGACCGAUGAAGGCCUAGAAUACGCUCGUCCUGAUGGUUCUUCGAGUUCUCAUUCCGAGAGCAUGGCGAGUUCGUACUCGUACUCUGCUGCCAUUGGAUAUGACGAAUUUGGAAGACCCUAUCCACCGGACGAUCAUGUUCGGGUACUGGGAGGGUACGUACGCCGGAUGCCUACGAUUGAGAGUAUCGGCUCGCGCGAGAUGGGCACGACAUCGAGUCUGCACACUAUUGAGCGGAUGACCUCAUUCAGUCGACCGCCAACGCGAAACACCCAUCCCCUUUCGAGCGAGCCACCGAGCCGGUCGAAUAGUUUGCUUAUAAGUGCAUGCGGGGAACUCGGGGAGAUUGUUGCUGACCACGUGGAUACACAGGGCAGUGCAAGCACCAGUGGGAGUCAGCCUUCAGCGACGAGUACGAUAUCGUAUUAUACUGCGGGGAGUGGAAGUGCUAGUCCAGUGGUGGAGACACCCCCGACAAUCGUGCAAUACACCCCGGGGUCUAUUUCUCCGCUGUGAUUCGUCCUUUUUUUUCGGCUUUUUUCAUUCGGUAUUCUUUAGGACGGAUGACGGGAAACGGACAUUGGAGCUUGAUCUAUCCGUAACUUAUCAUCAUUUACUUUGACUGUAGAUUUAACAAAGUCAAUAUUGUACUUGUAUUCACCGGUACCCAAUUGUUGUUAUACUAAUCCUGUCAUUGAUUUGCAUAGGGACGUUUAACUUUUGUUUAAACUUGCUGUCGUAUACCUAGGAGACACUUACGAUUGUCAUAGACGCCAAAGGUUAAUUCAAU